CACUCAAUCCAAUUAAGGCGGACUUCAGCCACUCUCUUACGUGUACAUCCAACAAGAUCGGUGCUAAGACAACACUAGAAUAUUUGGCAAAAAAUAUUUGCCUCCCCUUCUUUUUUUCAGCCGCUGAACCAUGUCGAUGAGCCCCAAGCAUACGACUCCUUUCUCAGUGUCUGAUAUUUUAAGUCCUUUGGAGGAAAGCUACAAGAAAGUGGGCAUGGAGGCUAGUAACUUGGGGGCUCCACUGGCAGCCUACAGGCAACAGCAAGUGUCUCAGCCGACCAUCCAGCAGCACCCAAUGGGUCACAAUGGUUCUGUAACUGCUGCCUACCAUAUGGCAGCUUCAGGAGUUCCUCAGCUCUCACAUUCUACUAUGGGAGGCUAUUGCAAUGGGAACCUGGGCAACCUUGGAAAUAUGAGUGAACUUCCCCCUUACCAGGAGACAAUGAGGAAUAGUGCUUCGGCCACGGGAUGGUAUGGAACUAAUCCAGAUCCACGUUUCUCUACCAUUCCCCGAUUUAUGGGGCCCACCUCUGGAAUGAAUAUGGGUGGAAUGGGAAGCCUGGGGUCCCUUGGCGAUGUUGGCAAGAGCAUGGCACCUCUCCAGAGCACUCCAAGGAGAAAACGCCGCGUUCUUUUCUCACAGGCCCAGGUCUACGAGCUAGAGAGACGCUUCAAGCAACAGAAAUACCUCUCGGCACCUGAAAGAGAACACUUAGCUAGCAUGAUCCACCUUACUCCCACUCAGGUAAAAAUCUGGUUCCAGAACCAUCGCUAUAAGAUGAAACGCCAGGCAAAAGACAAAGCUGCCCAACAACAGAUGCAACAGGAUAACAGCUCCUGUCAGCAACAGCAGUCUCCUCGCAGAGUGGCAGUGCCAGUCUUAGUGAAGGAUGGUAAACCGUGCCAGGGAGGAUCCAACACUCCAACGGCAGCUAUUCAAACACACCACCAGCAACAGGCAGCUACAGCCAUCACAGGCGCUAGUAAUAGCAGUACUCUGGGGCACCCACCUCAUCAAACAAACAGUGCAGGUCAGUCUCCAGACCUAGGGCAACAUUCAUCUAGUCCGUCAAGUCUCCAAAGCCAAGUGUCCAGUCUUUCUCACCUAAACUCUUCUAGUUCUGAUUUCGGCACUGCUAUGUCUUGUUCAACCUUGUUAUAUGGCAGGACCUGGUGAGGGUGACUGACAACUAAGCCGGAACGUCCCAAACACUAUGCCGGGUAGUUUCUGAGAGUGGUUCGUGAAAUUUGGUGCUUUGUGGUGCACUUCGUAUUUUCGACAAAGGAUUUGUUUGCUUGUGUAUGAACAGUUCUUUUACUGGGUGGAAAAUAGAGACUAAAGAACGACCCUGGAGUAUAACAACAUUUUACUAAAACUUACACCAUAACCUGCGCCUUUCCUACUUUUUUUUUUUUUUUUUUUUUUUUUUUUUUUUACUGCUAAGAGCAUGUGUGUAUGUAAAAGAUUAAUUUGGGGGAUACAAACUGAAGGGAAUUACCCCCACAAUACAGCUCAGACCCCAUUCCCUGGGGGAAGGCCGUGAAGACAUUCGACUUGAUUAACACAUGCUUUGGAUUUUAUUAGCUUGUAAUGUGAUUCCUAAUUGUAAGGUUCUGUAAAAGAUCUAGACUAAACUAUAGCCUUUAGUAGAUUGUCGAUUAUGUUGUAAGAUAUGUUUUGAUGAACUCUUAAACCUGCAUGUGCAAAAGUUUGACACGGUUAUAUCGGUUUUGCGCUGCCUAUCUUUUCUGCUGUAACUUAUAGAGACAUUUGACUUGACUAUAGUUAAUAAAAAAGCUUCUAAUAAAUAAAUUAUUAAAAUAUAGGCAAAAAUGAUAUACCAUAAGGGGUGUUUUCCUACACUGCCCAAAUAAGAUGCUAUCCUGGUGUUAUAAAUGAAGAGGGCUUUUUUAAGAUACAGACAAUAAAGAGGGUAUUUAAUAUAGUCAGAGAUUAAAACAAACACACAUUGAAAACAGUGUUUUCUUAAAUGGUGAAAUACAUAAAUGUGUGGGCGGGUGGGGGGCAAUUGUACUAGUUCGUGUUGACAUUUUUGGAAGUAGUCCCAGAAAAUCGUUCUGCUUUAGCACCAAAUAUUGUUUUUUUAAUGGUAUGAUGCAAAUUUCAACAGGGCUGUGUAGCCAUAUCCUUAUUUCUUUGUUAUUAAGAAAUUACAGCCUUGUAGUUUUCGAUUAAGGAUCUGACCCUUUGUUAUUAGUAUAAGGUUUGAUUUCGCAUUGUGUGUCUUCGGUGGAUUUCAAGACAAGUAAAUGCAGUGGAUUUGGUUAGUUUGUUUUGAGCAAACAAUGCAAGCUGAACAAUGUUUAAAUUGAACUGCACUGACUAAAUGUUUUUCUUUAUUGACUUUGCCAGGUGAAUACGUCCACCAAAACAUUAUGUUGUUUUUGCCCCUGCUUUAAACUGAUUAAGUAAUCAAAACUUAUGUCUGCUAGAUCAGAAGAGACCACUUGUGGUUGAUAAAAUAAAAUGUUUUGCUUUUUAA